UCGGGCUGGCUCGGCCCUCAGCUCCCGGCUGUCUGCCGCCGCUGGCCUGUCCAAAAUGGAGGGCUCUCCACCGGCACCGUUUGCCCUCCGGCUGCUCCUGCUCGCGGCGCUGCCGGCCGCCGGGUGGCUGAUGACGGUUACCAAUGAGCUGCCAUUGCCGCCCCAAGCCCCGAAGGACAGCAUCAGAAUUAAUGUAACUACCCUGAAAGGUGAUGGGGAAGUAUCUAAAGAACAGGUUGUUCUUAACAUAACCUAUGAGAGUGGACAGGUAUAUGUAAAUGACUUCCCUGUAAAUAGUGGUGUAACCCGAAUAAGCUGUCAGACUUUGAUAGUGAAGAAUGAAAAUCUGGAAAAUGUGGAGGAAAAAGAAUAUUUUGGAAUUGUCAGUGUAAGGAUUUUAGUUCAUGAGUGGCCUAUGACAUCUGGUUCCAGUUUGCAACUAAUUGUCAUUCAAGAAGAGGUAGUAGAGAUUGAUGGAAAACAGGCUCAACAAAAGGAUGUUACUGAAAUUGAUAUUUUAGUUAAGAACCAGGGAAUACUCAGACAUUCAAACUCUACCCUACCUUUGGAGGAAAGCAUGCUGUAUUCUAUUUCCCGAGACAGUGACAUUUUUUUUACCCUUCCCAACCUCUCCAAAAAAGUAGAAAGUGUCAGCUCACUGCAGACCACCAGCCAGUAUCUUAUCAGGAAUGUGGAAACCACCGUGGAUGAAGACGCUUUACCUGGCAAACUACCUGAGACUCCUCUCAGAGCAGAGCCUCCAUCUUCCUAUAAGGUGAUGUGUCAGUGGAUGGAAAAAUUCAGAAAAGAUCUGUGUCGGUUCUGGAGCAGUGUUUUUCCAGUAUUCUUUAUGUUUCUCAACGUCAUGGUGGUUGGAAUUACAGGAGCAGCUAUGGUAAUAACCAUCUUAAAGGUGCUCUUCCCAGUUUGUGAAUACAAAGGAAUUCUUCAAUUGGAUAAAGUAAGUGUUAUACCUGUCACAGCUAUCAACUUAUUUCCGGAUAAUCCUGAGAAAAGAGCAGAAAACCUUGAAGAUAAAGCAUGUGUUUAAAACACCAUCUCAAAUCAUGGACUCUGAAUUAGUCUUUUGGCUCUAAAUUUGCCACUUGAAUAGAAUUUUCUUUAAAUCGCUAAGAAUCUGUUUAUACACUAGGGAAAUUGCUGAACUCCUAAAACUGCCUAAAACUUGACCUUGAAGUGACAGGUUAAAGUUCACCUUAUUCUAUAACAGGGCUGGCUAUUCAGAUGAUGAAUUAAGGGAAAUUUAAAUGAAGUAGAAGAGAAGAUGUGAAGAAACUUCAAAAUUACCAAAAAAAAAAAAAGGGCAGGACAAAAU